CUGGGGGCUGGCCCUGGGCUGGCCGGCUGGAGAGGGCCGCAGCCGCGCUCCCUCGAGCCCAGGCUGGCCCCGAGCCCGGGGCUAGGAUGCCCCCGCUAGUCCCCCGGCACCGGCAGGCAGCUCCCGGCUCGACCCGCGGCUGAGAACCCCCCAACGUAGGCGAGGGAGUAGCUGGGCGGAGCCUCCGCCCUGUCGGGGCGCCCUUGGUGAGGGACAGGCCGGAGGAGCUUUGCGGCCCCUGCUGAGCAGGUAUGGCCUCACAGCUGCAGGUGUUCUCCCCUCCAUCAGUAUCUUCGAGUGCCUUCUGCAGUGCCAAGAAACUGAAAGUGGAGCCCUCUAGCUGGGAUGUUUCAGGACCGAGCAACAGUGACGAGUAUUACAGUCACAGCAAAAAUCUCCCAGGUGCGCAAGGGCCAGCAAGCUCUUCUCAUCAGGUAGCAAACUUCAGCAUCCCUGCUUAUGACCAGAGCCUCCUUCUCCCUGCUCCUUCAGUUGAGCACAUUGUGGUCACAGCAGCAGACAGCACAGGUAGCGGUGGAACAACAUCUUUCCAGAACAGCCAGGCCCUAACACACAGGGGCAACAUUUCUUUGCUGGAGCCAUAUCAAAAAUGUGGAUUAAAAAGGAAAAGUGAAGAGGUUGAUAGCAACGGUAGUGUGCAAAUCAUUGAGGAACAUCCACCUCUCAUGCUGCAAAACAGACCUGCGGUGGGUGCUGCGGCCACAACCACCACUGUAACAACUAAAAGCAGCAGUUCCAGUGGUGAGGGGGAUUACCAGCUGGUCCAGCAUGAAAUCCUUUGUUCCAUGACCAACAGCUAUGAAGUUUUGGAGUUCUUGGGCCGAGGGACCUUUGGACAGGUGGCAAAAUGCUGGAAGCGCAGCACUAAGGAGAUUGUUGCUAUCAAAAUUCUGAAAAACCAUCCUUCCUAUGCCAGGCAGGGGCAGAUUGAAGUUAGUAUCCUCUCUCGGCUUAGCAGUGAGAAUGCUGAUGAAUAUAACUUUGUCCGCUCAUACGAGUGUUUUCAACAUAAAAACCACACAUGCCUGGUAUUUGAGAUGCUGGAACAAAACUUGUAUGACUUCUUAAAGCAGAACAAGUUUAGCCCUCUGCCUCUGAAAUACAUUCGGCCCAUUUUGCAGCAGGUGGCCACUGCCUUGAUGAAGCUUAAAAGUCUGGGUCUGAUACAUGCUGACCUGAAGCCUGAAAACAUCAUGUUGGUUGAUCCUGUGCGCCAGCCAUACCGGGUGAAGGUUAUAGACUUUGGCUCUGCUAGUCAUGUCUCAAAAGCUGUGUGUUCCACUUACCUGCAAUCACGCUAUUACAGGGCCCCUGAAAUCAUUUUGGGUUUACCAUUUUGUGAAGCUAUUGAUAUGUGGUCACUGGGCUGUGUGAUAGCUGAGCUAUUUCUUGGUUGGCCUCUGUAUCCAGGAGCUUCAGAAUAUGAUCAGAUUCGCUAUAUUUCACAAACUCAAGGCCUUCCAGCAGAGUAUCUUCUGAGUGCAGGAACGAAAACAAGCAGGUUUUUUAACAGAGAUCCGAACUUGGGAUACCCACUGUGGAGAUUGAAGACUCCAGAAGAACAUGAGUUGGAGACGGGGAUAAAAUCAAAGGAGGCUCGGAAAUAUAUUUUCAACUGUUUGGAUGACAUGGCGCAGGUAAAUAUGUCUACAGACUUGGAAGGAACAGACAUGUUGGCAGAGAAGGCUGAUCGAAGAGAAUAUAUUGAUUUGCUAAAGAAAAUGUUGACAAUUGAUGCAGAUAAGAGAAUUACUCCGCUGAAGACUUUGAACCAUCAGUUUGUGACAAUGAACCAUCUACUGGAUUUCCCACACAGCAAUCAUGUGAAAUCAUGUUUUCAGAACAUGGAGAUUUGCAAGCGAAGAGUUAACAUGUAUGACACAGUUAACCAAAUCAAGAGCCCUUUCACAACACAUGUGGCACCAAACACAAGCACAAAUCUCACAAUGAGUUUCAACAACCAGCUUAAUACUGUGCACCAUCAGGCUGGUGUUUUGGCUUCCAAUUCUACUGCUGCUGCUACUUUGUCUCUGGCAAAUUCAGAUGUUUCUCUGCUCAAUUAUCAGUCUGCUCUGUACCCAUCAUCUGCUGCACCAGUUGCUGGUGUGGCACAGCAAAGUGUUUCUUUACAGCCUGGAACCACUCAGAUCUGCACUCAGACAGAUCCAUUCCAACAAACUUUCAUUGUGUGUCCACCUGCCUUUCAAACUGGUCUUCAGGCUACAACAAAACAUUCUGGAUUCCCUGUCAGGAUGGACAAUGCUGUUCCAAUUGUGCCACAGGCACCAGCAGCUCAGCCACUGCAGAUCCAGUCAGGAGUUCUCACACAGGUAAAAGGAAGCUGUACACCACUAAUGGUAGCAACUCUUCAUCCUCAAGUAGCCACCAUCACGCCGCAGUAUGCGGUGCCCUUUGCUCUGAACUGCGCAGCCGGCCGGCCAGCGCUAGUAGAACAGACGGCUGCAGUACUGCAGGCCUGGCCUGGAGGGACCCAACAGAUCCUGUUGCCAUCUACCUGGCAACAACUUCCAGGAGUUGCGCUACACAACUCUGUCCAGCCUACAGCUGUUAUUCCAGAGACAAUUGGAAGCAACCAGCAGUUAGCUGACUGGAGAAAUGCCCAUUCACAUGGAAAUCAGUAUAGCACGAUCAUGCAGCAGCCAUCUUUGCUGACCAACCAUGUGACUCUGGCCACAACUCAGCCUCUGAAUGUUGGAGUGGCUCAUGUCGUGAGGCAGCAGCAAAGCAACGCCGUGCCAGCAAAAAAGAACAAACAGCCAACCCAUAGUACCACAAAGCCUGCAUCUACCCUGGAGGCAGUUCCAACUCAAGUCUACUCACUUAUAGGGAGCAGUCCUCUGCGUGCCACAUCUUCCUCCAAUGUUCUCCUUCCGGGGCAGGAACAGCACCAGCCCAUUGUUAUUCCAGACACUCCUAGUCCCCCGGUCAGUGUAAUCACCAUCCGCAGUGACACUGAUGAAGAAGAGGACAAUAAGUUCAAGCCUGGAAGUUUGGGUAUGAAGCAGAGGUCCAAUGUCAUCAGCUAUGUUACAGUUAAUGAUUCGCCUGACUCAGACUCCUCGUUGAACAGCCCCUAUGCAUCAGAUGCACUUUCCACGCUCAGGAGCUCUGGGGCAGCAGUGGAACCAAACAGAGGGGCAGCUGAAAGCUCUAGUUCCCGUACCAUUAUUGUGCCUCUGAAAACACAGCUCAGUGACUGUAUUGUAGCCACCCAAGCCUCAGGCGUCCUGAGUAGCCUGAGCAAGACCAAGCCAGUGGCAUCUGUAAGUGGGCAAUCUUCAGGAUGCUGUAUCACACCUACUGGAUAUCGGCAGCACCGGGUGGUGACAAAUGGUGUACAGCCACUCAACCUUAGCCAGAACCAGCAAGCAACUGUACUGGCCUCACAGGAGAGAAGCGGAAACCCAGCUCCACGUAGACAGCAGGCUUAUGUUGCUCCCCUACCUACAACGAUCGCUCAGGCUCCCUACACCUUCCAGCACAGCAGCCCGGUGCAUCCCCACUUGGCAGCAGCAACAGCAAGCCAGCCUCACAUGUAUACCUACGCACCAACUACUGCUGCCACACUGGGUUCCACCAACUCCAUUGCGCAUCUCUUUUCCCCUCAGGGCUCCUCCAGGCAUACCACCUAUGCGACCCACCCAAGCACUCUUGUGCACCAGGUCCCAGUCAGUGUGGGACCUAGCUUGCUGACAUCUGCCAACGUAGCACCCACUCAGUAUCAACAUCAGUUUGCCACCCAGUCCUACAUUGGUGCUUCCAGAGGAUCUGCUAUUUACACUGGAUACCCACUGAGCCCGACCAAAAUUAACCAGUACUCUUACUUGUAGCUUUUGGGGCAGAGAUCGGUGGUAGCUGUUUGCAUCUUGAUCGUAGAAAUGAAGAGAUCUGCAGUGGGUUUUGAAAUGUCCUGUCAGCUCCUCAACAGUACCACUGUGUUACCUAGAGGAGGAGAACAGGGGGCCACCUCUUGUUGACUGUGCUCUUUAUGGUUGUCAGAGUCUGUACAAUUGGUGAUGCCCUGCUGUUUGGGAGGAAGCUCAGGCACUGACUGGGCAAAACCUUUUGGAUCAUAUUCAGAUUUAAAAUUUACAGUUAAUUUUUACGGAUGCUUUAAUAAACAACUUCAAAGGCCUGAACCCCCCUUCAUUUAAAACUAUUCUGUUUGUGUUAAUCAGAGGGGGAAACGAAAUCAAGGACUCUUUGAAAAGGCUGGGUUUCUUUCCGUAUCUCUUGUACUUACCUAGUAUUUGUUUAAAUUAUUUUAGCAGCUUGCACAAAUCCAUAUUGCCACUAAAAAUGCACAUUUAACUCUAGGUUGCUAGGGCAGAUUUAUAAACUUGAGUUAGUAUUUUAUAGUUCAUUUUGUAAUUCACAUUUUUGAUAGGCAAUAGCUGAAUUCUGCAAAAGCAGUUAUUUUCCUCUCCCCCUCCUUUGUGUGUAUAUAUGUAUAUCUUGAUCCCCAGUUUCUUGAUUUUAAUUAUUUUCUUGUUUAAGGCUAGAGCAGGAGUAGUUAUCAUAGUAGUUAAUUUUAUGUUUGUAGUUCUCAGUUCAACCUUAACACUUUCUUUCUUAUAUCUGAUUAUCCAAAAUACAUUUGAGGUCAUUUUGGUUUGUUUAAUUGCAGGUGAUAUGAAUUUCUUUUCAGUUGUAUGCAAGAAAACAGUCUACAAUAUGGCUUGAUUCCUUUAUCAAAUCUUCAGACAAAAAUGCAUAGACCUGUGAUUUUUUCUUCUUUUUUUGCAAGCAAAACACACUGGGAAUGACUCCUGAUUAUUGAAAUGAGUAAGCUGUUUAUUUACAAUUCAUUUCAAUAGACUUAAUCAGGAGAAGAGCCCACUGGAUUGUAUUCUUUCAGUUUUUUUUUUUUAAAUAGUUGCCCCUGGGUUCCUUUUUUCAGAAAUGCAGGGAUCAGCUUCCCUUCAUGUCUUUUCUUGCCUGGUCAAUUUAGCUAAAGUAUCCAAAAUCCACAGAAACAUCAAACUGCUGACAUGUACAAUUUUUAUACUCCUACAAGCAUAUCCUUCUGGGAUCUUGUUGGCAACAAACUUUAAAGCGCUCUUAAUAAGACUUGUAUACAGUACGUGCAUGUGGAAAUUGCAAAAACAUGACACACAAAUUCCAGAUUUUAAAAGUUUAUUACUGAAUUUAAAACUAUUUUAGAAGUUUUGUAAUGGUGGUGUUUUAAUAUUUUACAGAAAAUGUAAUAUUGUACAUAUUCAAAAUAUAACAAGCAAAAUUUCCUGCUAAUCCCAAAUGUCUUUGUAAUCAAAAUGUGUAGUGAUUAUACUUGAACUCUGUAUUUAGUGUUUGUCUAACUCUUAAACGUUUCUGGGGAUGAAAUUGAUCUAUUCCUUUGUAUUUAAACCAAAAUGAGUUAAUACAUGUUGGAAUGUAUGUGAAAUAAUGCAAUCGUCUAGAGCUCAUCACUGUAGCACUGAGAGGGAAAAAAUGGAGCUGCAUGAGAGACAAGGAUACCUUCUGAUUUGUUUUGCACAGGUAUGUGUGACUGGUGUGUUCCCCCCCAUAUUGUAGUGCCUUAAAUGAUUAUGUAGUGUGACUAGAGUUUACAGUGAGCUUGCCUUAUGAUGGACCAGCAAGCCCCUCCGCUCUCCGUCAAACUGAAGCAAUUCAUUGAGCAUAUCCAACUGAUAGAUACAAGUGGCAAAAAUAUGUUGCUUUAAGUUUCAAUGCCAACUUAAAAAGCUGUGGGCACAAUCCUCUCAAAGUUUAAGCACUUAAGUCCAAUCAAGUUCAACUGUGCAGUUACCCAGCUCCCACCAUUAUCAGUGGUUCAAAUAUCACAGCAAACCAGGGUUUGUACUAACUAUAAUUUAGAAUCCAAAUUAUGGUUUGAGCUUACAAAAGUGUAACAGGCAAGUUAUAGUUUAGAGUUGCUUGGAUGCUUUUGCAUUCUGUCCUCUGAGUGUUAAGCUGAUUUCCCAUCUCAGUGUGCAGUCACCUCAGUUGGUGGAGUAAUGGACAAACCUGUGGUUUCUCAUAUUCAUCAUGCCAAAUCAUAGUUAGCACAAACCGUAGUGUACAGACUUAAUUAAAAUGGAUUUCAGUCCUCGUUGGCCAGCUAAUUGUAAUCCAUGAUUUGUCAGUUCAUACUCACUUCCAACCAUAGUUAAACUUCUCCAAUUAUGGUUUGGCAUGGUCUGAAUUUAGCCAAUACAUUUUUAAAGUACUUGAAUUUGGCUGGAUUGUGCCCUAAGUGUUUUAUUUGGAGUAAGCUUUUUCCCCUCAAAACGUUACCUAUACUAUUAGCCGUUGAUGCAUUUGUAAUAGGGUAUUGUGCUGGGAAUGCAUUGGGAAAUUUAUCUGAUGUUGCAGAGGUGAUUUAAGCACGUGCAAUUACUUUUCCUUAGAUUAUAUUGUGAUGUUACCUUUUUCUCUUGUAUGUGUAGCAGAUGUUCUUUGUAAAAUAUUACUAGUUUGGUGUUAGAACUUUUAUACCAAAGAGAGCCUGCUGGAAAGCACAUAAUAUUCAGAAAUUUAUUUAACACCACUAGUAAUGUUGAGCUUUUGGGUAAGGUUUGAGACCUGUAGCACUUGUGUUGUGAGGAAAAUGCACACUCAAACUGGUCAACCAGUGGUGUGCUUAUAAACCAUGAUUUCCUGGGUUCCUAAAAAUUACAGUUCACUCAACCACUGCCAUAAUAUAAUGAAGAAUCUUGGCCAAAUGGAGAAUAAACUGGCUUGGAGAGUGGUAUUGCUACAGCAAUAAGAGGUUUGGACAGCCUUGAAACCCAGCCUGUAUUCCGUCCAGUCUGGAUUAUAGGUUAGUUUUGGUUUGUCACAAAGAACUCAGAAAUGCAAAACUCAUUUCUGAAAUGCAUGCUAUAGCCUAGCCCAAAUCUGAACAGCUUGUAGAAUGAUAUAGGGCAAUAACCCUGACCCCACUGAAGUCCAAGGGGGUUUGUCAAGAAUUUCAGUGAGGCCAAUUUUUUUUGUGAUCUUUAAGCCACUGACUCAAAUAGGAGUAUGAAGUUUAUAGACCAUAAGCCUUUCCUUUAUCAUGAGGAAUAUGUUGUUUUUGGCAAUAGAAGAGAGUGGUUGGCUAACACCACGAUUAACCGUGACUCUUUGUUUAUUGUACUCUUGCUUUCAAGUUGUUCAGUCUCUUCCUCUAUCAGUGUGAGGAUAACCAAGGCAUUUAAGUUCUUUACACCAUUGAGUGUCAACAAUGCUUUCUGUUGCUGUAACAUUAUCAAAAUGAUUUUCUGCUUAGUGCCAAGCCCACUCUUAAUACCCCCUCCCAUUUUAAUGGCAUCUAUGCCAUACUUUGACUUGCAAGAUCUUUUAAGGGCAGAGUUGUGCCUUUCCAUCUAAGACAGAUUCCCCACAGAAUUUCAAAAGUAGGAAUCAAGGAACGUAGCCAGGACUUCCAAUGAAUUAGUUGGGUAAGAAAUGCAAACUGUGUCAAGUCCUGAAAUCCUAAGGGAUAUUUUGAUCCUCAAAGCCAGUUCGCCUACUCUGAGUCAGGUAUCCCUUAGUCUUCACAAGGUGCAAAAUGUGAUAGGACACCAUCAGUGUUAGGAACCUUUUCUAAAAAAAAGGUAUCCCAACAAGUCUGGAUUAUGGCCUUAAUUAUUUGUGUAGAGGUCAGAUACUUUGGAACCAGCAUAUUUUAAUUCUGCUUAACCAAGGCCUAAUUGUACAAAUAGCAGACAAGAUAGAAAACCUGUGUCUGGACAGUACCACUUCAAAUAGCAGAUUUCCAACCAUUACCCUACAUGGUCUCACAUGAUGGAACACUUCUCCUUAAAAAACAAAAAUGUCUGCUGGCAGAAGACAAGUCAGGGAGAAGGCUGUCUGAGAACCUUUCUCCCUGCCAACUGGUUUUUGAGUGUUCAGAAUUUUUUUUGUUGGUUUGCUUGUUUUGGUAUGGUUGAGCAUUCAGUCAUGAGAGAUUCCAGCUGUAUGGUACAAUCCAGACAUGGGUUUGCUGUUUCAUCUCUGAAAUCAAGGCCUAAUUGCAUUCCUUUCCGCCAGUGCAAAUCAAUCUUGUCUCACUGUGUGUGAAGGGAGAUAAGAUGAUGGGUAGCCUCACAGCUUUACAGCCUAUGUGCACAUGAUUACUUAAUACACAAAAACACAUGCAUAUUUGUAUCAGUAAUUGAAUCCCUUUCCAGAACAAUUUGGAAUAUCUACUUUAUGCUGUGGCUGCAUUUUGUCACACAGUUGUAUGUGUGUACACUUCCUGUUUUAAAUCUGAGGGUCUUGCACAUGUGUGACUGUGCAGUUCUGCAGCUGGGGUUUGUCUGCAGUAAACUUGCCUUUUGUAAUGACGAGAAAAGAUGUGUUUCACUUAGAUUCACUCUUGUGAUUAAAGUCAAUUAUUCAAUAUUUCUGAUAGUUGAAGUCUCGCCACACAGUUGUGUUACUCCACUGCAAAAAGCAACUCCAGAGCUUUACUGCUUGCACAUAGUUGAUCAGUGCAGUACUUUACCUCUGACUCAAUAUUUCUUAAGUACAUGAAAUUAAAUUGCUUCUAGGUGAUCGGAUUGGCACAGCCCUGCUUUCUCAUUUUAAUUUUUAACUUAUGAAUGGUGCCGCAUGUUGACAUAGUUGUUUGUUUGUUGCUAAACUUUAUAUAAUAUGUGAUUUCAGAUUCAGCUUGAACUAUUAUCUAACUCACUACAUGUAGCAGUGCAUUAUAUGUAAUGUUAGUAUUUCUGCUUGAAUCCUUGAUAUUGCAAUGGAAUUCCUACUUUAUUAAAUGUAUUUGAUAUGCUAGUUACUGUGUAGAAUUUAACUUUUUUCUGGUUGUGCUCUUCCUUUUUACAAGCCGCUAGAUAAAGGUAGUUUCUGACAAUUACUGAUCUAUGUUUGUAUUGCCAAUGUACUUAGGGGGUAAUGUAAAAAUCAUUUUAACAAAAGGAAAUACAGAUAUUUAAAAAUUUACUACUAACUAUAUGGAAAAAGGGUCCAUUGUGAAAACAUAGUUUAUCUUUGGAUUCAGUGUUUGUCUUUGGUUUUACAAAGUAGCUUGUAUUUUAAGUAUUUUCUACAUAAUAUGGUAAAAUGUAGAACAAUUGCAAUGCAUCAAUUAAAAAGGGUUAAUUUUCUGUACUCUA